AAUCCGUCCCCACAGACUGUAAAACCGUGCACACAGUUUAUUUAACUUUCUCUCUCCGGGACCUCGUGGGCCUCCGUAGAAAAGUCGCUUGUUCUGGGCUCGUUGUCACAGGCCUGGCUGCUUACUUGUCUCGCGACAUCUGGCAACACUGUGUGUGACCCCCUGUAAGUACCGAACGGUCCCUAACUGCCGUUAACGGCGUUCUCAACAUGAUCACGAAGAGCUGUCACAGCCGGUAGUGACGGAGCUCUCCGGUACCGGGAAGUGUUGAUGAGCGGAUGGAGGUGUCGGUUUGUCCGUUUAUCAAUCAGCUGAUCGAUUAUUGAUGUCGCCGCUGCGCAGCCGCCCCGCGCGCCCCCCAUCAUCAGCACAUCCGUGUUGUCUCACCGGAGGAUGAGUCGGUAGGAGGCUAACAGCUAGCUAACGUCACCGAGCGGCGGCACCGGGCGGGUUUUCUCAUGUCGUUUCAUGUCCAGCGGAGCCGUUACCGUCACGAACCGGUCCGGAAGUUCCAUGGCCGUCGGCCGGUGUUGGGUCGGGCUGCCCGGUGAGCUGAGCGGGGAGGAUGCAGCAGCUAGCCACCGUUAGCUCCGCAGCUGUUUAUUUAUAUCGGUGUUAUGUAAGAGCGGAGCCCGUUUAGCUCCCGUUAGCUCCCGUUAGCUCCCGUUAGCCUGUCAGGAUGAAUGACGCGCAACAAGAAAUGUCUCCGGACUUCGUCUUGAUGCGUCUCGUGUCCGCGGCGGAGUACGACCGGCUGGACGAGCCCGACGACCUGAUGUCCGGGGGCGGCGGCUUCGGGCCCGUUAAGGCCGUGCUGGGUCACCACGGCGGCGGGUUUGAUCUGGACUCCGGCGGCCCCUCUCCAGGCCUCGGCUCGGCCUCCCCGCACUACAGCUCACCGCUCCCCGGGAAAGGUGAGCUGGACGGCGGGCUGGUGUUGACGCAGGCCCCGCCGGGCUCCGAGGCGCCGCUGUCCCCUCCGCCGCCCGAGGACUUUACCGUAGCGGCGCAGCGGUUUGUGGACUUCCCGGUGCAGCACGGCUCGGGGGCGCACGGGUCGAGGGCGCAGCUGAUGGUGUUUCAGAACCUGCUGCGGUCCGGAGACCGGAUCCUGGAGUGCGGACUGGAGCAGCCGCCCCCGGGGUUCCUCCAGGAGGAGGCAGAGAGACAGAGACAGCAGCUGGACCCCGGAUCCGGUCCCGGUCCCGGUACCACAACGGCCGGUCCCGGCCCAGGAGGCGGGAAGGAGCAGAACUCUCAGUGCGUCCCGUCUGCAGAGGAGACCCUGCAGCCGCAGCAGCCGCAGCUGCUCCAGUGGCACCCGGUCCUCAGACUGUCCAAGGGGUCUGACGGGUCCCAGACGCCCCAGCAGGACGUCCCGGCUCUGGACUCUGAGUCCGGGUCGGUCCUGUGCCACCGACACCGCCUGCUGACUGAUCGGCUGGCCAAGUGGCCCCCGGGCCUGCUGGACCAAGCCCUGCGUCUGGGCCUGUUGGAGCCCAGGAAGAACUACUCCGGCGGGGGGGAGGACCCAGUCCUGGCUCUGGCCCGGAGGCUGGGUCAGCUGGGGGAGGGGAGGGAGGGAGGAGGAGGCGGGGGGGAGGAGAUGGUGCUCCCCCUGUCUCGAUGCUCCUGUCACAGCGGGGCGGGGGGCAUGGGGCCCGGGGAGGACCCGAGUGAGACCAGCGACGCCCUGCUGGUUCUGGAGGGUCUGGGGUCUGAGGAGGUGGGGGGGCUGGGGGAGGGAGGGGACAGGGAUGGAGGGGGCGCUGAGAAGGGGGAGACAGUGGGUGGAGGAGGGACGUCUGGGGGGGCGGGGCCUGUGUUCUCCAGCGGGACUCUGAGCGGUCUGAUGCGGCAGGUCCACAGACUGGCGGAGGAGGCGGGGGUCUGCACAGAUCAGACCUGCCGGACCUCGCUGGCAGUCCUCGGUGCUGCAGUGUCCCUCCCCCCCUGUGUAGACCCCCGCGCCCCCAUCAGCAGCGCCCCCCUCUGCCCGUACCCCCCUGUCCGCCCUCAGGCCCUCCAGGCGGCGGCAGCCCUCAGCGGCCUCCAGGUCUCCCCUGACCCCCUCCCGUCCUCCGGCCCCGAUCCUGCCCACCGCCCCCAGCAUCAGCACCAGUCCCGCUCCCAGCCCCAGAGCCGCGCCACCACCCCCAAACUGGGCGUGGCCUCUGGGGGAGCGGGGCGGUCCGCUUCCCCCCUGGUGGUCCUGGAGGGAGGGGGAGAGAAGACGCUGCGGGGGAAGUCCAGGAAAGGGGGGUCCCUGAAAGUCCGGCUCAGCAAGCUGUUCAGAACCAAGAGCUCCAGCGGGGGGUCGGGGGGGCUGCUGGACAAGAGGCCCUCGCUGGCGUCGUCCACCUCGUCAGGUGGGAGUCUGCUGGACGUGUGGGGGUCGACCUGCAGCAACACGGAGCCCGACAGCAGCAGGCUGCAGGUGUCCAGACCUCACAGUGCCUUCUCUCCGGUGCCCUUCACACCUGCUUUCACCGGUGAGACGGUGUCUCUGGUUGAUGUGGAUAUUUCUCGGAGGGGGGUGAACUCUCUCCACCCCCCGACUCCUCCUCCUCCUCCCAGACGGAGCCUCAGUCUGCUCGACGAUUUCGGGGGUCCUCCUCAGCAGCACGCUCCCUUCAGUGUGGGGGCGUCCAUGCAGUCGCUGCCGCCCCGCCCGCUGGCCCUGCCCCCCUCCAUCAGCACCAUCCAACACAGCCUGAGCCUCAACGACACCUUCCUGAGAGGGUUACCGAGGCCCAUCCCUCUGCGUCCCGACGGUCAGCACCCCCCUCCCAGACUCGCCCCUCGCUGCCCCCUCAGUCGACCCGACGCCGGUAGCUUCGCCACCAGCCUGAGAGAACUGGAGAAGUGUGGCUGGUACUGGGGGCCGAUGAACUGGGAGGACGCGGAGAUGAAGCUGAAGGGGAAACCAGACGGAUCGUUUCUGGUCCGAGACAGUUCGGACCCUCGAUACAUCCUGAGUCUGAGCUUCAGGUCGCAGGGAGUCACGCACCACACACGCAUGGAGCACUAUAGAGGGACCUUCAGUCUGUGGUGUCACCCUAAGUUUGAGGACCGCUGUCACUCUGUGGUGGAGUUCAUAGAACGAGCCAUCAUGCACUCCAAGAACGGAAAGUUCCUCUACUUCCUGCGCUCCAGAGUCCCUGGUCUGCCCCCGACCCCGGUCCAGCUCCUGUACCCGGUCUCCAGGUUCAGCAGUGUUAAAUCUCUGCAGCAUCUCUGUCGCUUCUGCAUCAGACAGCUGGUUCGGAUCGACCACAUCCAGGAGCUGCCGCUGCCCACGCCUCUGAUCUCCUACCUGAGGAAGUUUUAUUACUACGACCCUGAAGAGGAGAUCAGUCAGUCCCUGAAGGAGAGAGGACCAGAGCCCAGCCACCACACAGGGGUCCAGUCAGAUGUCCAACCAGGGGUCCAACCAGGGGUCCAGCCGGUGGUCCAGCCGGUGGUCCAACCAGGGGUCCAGCCGAUCCUCCAACCAGGGGUCCAACCAGGGGUCCAGCCAGAUAUUCAGUUGGGGGUCCAAUCGGGCGUUCAGUCUCAAACGUAGCACUGGAGCCUCAGAGGACAAUUCCUUUUCUUUUCUUCGUCUUCUCUUUGUUUUUCGGACACUCGAUCAGCUGAUUGAAGGACGCUCAAACUUUCAAACUGGACUCACAGACUUGCAGCCAAUCAGCUCCCUGCGCUCAGUCCUGUAUCCAGGCGGGUUUCAGAUGAUCCGCCCUCCUCCGAGCGCUCUGACGGGGGAGGGACAGGGGAUGUGGAGACUCCGCCUCUCUCUUGAUGUCAUCACUGAGCAGCUGGACUAACUGUGACAUCACUGUUAGCGAAGACGCUUAAUAAAAAAAAAACAAAGAACCUCGGCGUGAGGAAACAUUUAGUCGCCUUUAGGAUCCUUUAACUUCCAACACAAACAUGAGACCAGUAUUUAACAGAAACGCCGGCGGUCUGUGUCCGUGUGGUGCGUCACUAACUUCAACUCAUGGUCAGAUUCAGCACAAUGAGUCCACACUGCAACAAAAUAAUCUCAACUCACGGAGCUCUUGACCAUGUUCAGUGAUGAUGGUGAGAUCUGUGCAUAAAGCUCUGAUCACAACAGGAAGUAACAGUUCAUCCACACAGCAGCAGAGCUGGUCAGUGACGAGGUUAAAAAGAGGAGGAGUCAUGGCGUAAUAUUGUGUCAUAUCAUCAGGGUGUAGCACGUACACACUUUUGUCCUGUUGUUACAGAUAUUUGUUUUUAGUGUGGACCAACUACCACUGAGACCACUGCACGCUCUGUUGUUCUGAUGAUUCCUCAAGGUGACAGUCGAGACGUGAGGUCACUCUCACGUCUCUAUGGUCACCUUCUCUGUCCUCUCUUUCCAACCUGUAGAAAAUGACACGCCCACUGAUGUCAUCACUGUCACACUUCAGGUGAAGGAACACCUGCUGUUUUUUGGUUCCAGCAGAGAAACAAACUUUUCAGGUUCUGAUUCAGUUUGUUUUUGGUCAGAAUGCUCUGAAUGGUUCAAAACUAGGUGAGGGGAAGUGGAACGUUUCAUGUUGGUGGAAAAGUGGGUUUGAGAGUAUUCUCAGAAUGUUUGUGAAUUCAGCCUCGAGUCCGACCUUAAACACAGUCGGCAUGUUAGAAAUACAACCUCCCCCAAGCCGUCAGUACCUGAAGCGUCAACAGCUGAAGGUGAACUUUGGAUCGGGUCGUAACCUGUAACACUGAACAACGCAGAUUAAAGUCCAGUUCAGACCGAAGAUUGACGAUCAGACGAGUUGACACAAACACCUUCUGUCAACGCUCCGUUCUGUGAUGUUGCAAAAAGCUGGUGGUUCACAGGAAGUGACCACCAUGAGACGGCGUAUCAUCUCUAGUCAACGACUCUCUGUGCUUCUGAUCUGUAACGCUGACAGGAAGUGACCGCCAUGAGACGGCGUAUCAUCUCUAGUCAACGACUCUCUGUGCUUCUGAUCUGUAACGCUGACAGGAAGUGACCGCCAUGAGACGGCGUAUCAUCUCUAGUCAACGACUCUCUGUGCUUCUGAUCUGUAACGUUGACAGGAAGUGACCGCCAUGAGACGGCGUAUCAUCUCUAGUCAACGACUCUCUGUGCUUCUGAUCUGUAACGUUGACAGGAAGUGACCGCCGUGAGACGGUGGGGACGGAGCACCUGCUGCAGCAAGCCAACACGCCGUCUGUGGUCAUUUUUACUUGACCAGCAGACUUCACUACAAGCUGAUUGGCUGCUGAAACAGGUGACGUGCUUUAAAACCAGCCACCGGCCAUUUGACCAGCUGAGUGUCAGGUGACACCAUCAGCCUGCUUGAGUCGAGCUCAGACCGGCCAGUUCUGUAACAUUCUAAAACAGUUUCAUAUCGUCAUGAAUCUUUGGUCUGACCUGGACUUCAGGGAGCUGGUAUUAGAACUGGCGUGUAAAUGUUUAAAUGGUAUUCAGACCUAAUUACCCAUGGCCACUGAAAACCUGGUCACUUUUUCCAGGCCUGGAAAAAUCACUAAAUUGGUGAAAAGUUUUACAGUUUUGAGUAGUGAAAUUGUUGCAGUCAUCUUCCACAUAAUGUCAUGUAAUGGCAGAUUAGUUUUCUGUAGCUGUCGACAUAACGUCGCUCUGACACGUGUCGAUGUGUGACGACGUUUUGUUUGCUGUCACAUUUCCUUAUUUUCUCCCGUCUCUCCCUGCGUGUUCGUUCACCAGCUGAAAUUAUGUUUGGAUCUGUUUGUUUAAAAAACUUCAGGCAAGUUUGACAAUGAUUUUUUAUACUUUGAAAAGCCGUUUGAGAAGAAAAAUGUUUCUGAUAAAAUGUCAUCGAUGAGGGGGAGGGGCAUCAAGAUCAGAGUUUGACUCUUGACUUGAUGUUCUUGCUAGUUAGCGUUAGCCAAUGUUAGCAUUAGCUUGUAAGUAAUGUCACAUUGUCGAACACAGACGAGCUGAACCGAUGACGAGUUUUGUUAGCUUUUCUUUUUGUUAUCAUGACUACUAUCACUGUUUUUACAGCUCGACUCCGUUUUGGAUUUUAUUAUUUUCAAAUGUUAUUUAUUACCUUUAUUCUUGUUAUUUUUCAGAUGACUUAAUGAGUUUUCAGAGAAAUCUGAUUGAACAUGAACAAGUUUUACAAGUUGUUUUGUUACAGUUUCUGCUGUGUUUGUAUUCAUGUGGCUCAGAGUCACUUACCAAAGUGUUUCUAGCUGUUCUGAACUUCCUCUUUACUCUAUACAUCUUGCUCAAACGUCACACACCUGCCUUGACAUCACCAGGUAAACUGGUCCUGAUUGGUGGACUGUCUGUUUUGGCCUCUAUGAACGCUGAGUUUAAAUUUUCGACUUCUUUAUAGGACGUUAAAACCUGGACUAGUUUCACACAGCUGACCGGUCACUGCUUAAAGUGGUGGUGAUUGUUAGAUUAUCAGUUUUCAGAAAUUUAAAAAAAAAUUCUGAUGUCAGACAGGAGGCCUUUAACCUGCGAGUAGGGCUGCAGUAUGCAGUAGUCACAGUAUGAUAACUGUCUCAGAAAAUAUCACAGUGUCAUAGAGUUAUUAUUAUUAUCAGUCAGAAUGAUCCUUAUGUCGUGUUCACAUCAAACACAAUGCAAAUAUUUGUGUUGUGUUUGAAUGCUAGAAUAUUUUGUAUCUCACUUCAUAUGGGGAACAGAAAACAUUCUGCAUGUGAAAUUGGUGAACGGAUGAAUGAACUUUUUGUCGGUACGUCCUCGGUGUCAUAUGUUCCCGGAGGAUCUCAAUGCUAAUUGACCUAUGGCUAAGCCACGCCCCCUCCACUCACCUGGACAAACUAUCAGCAUUCAGUGAGCGGCGCUAUGGCAGGUGUCACAGUACACGGCAUUUCACAGGAGGCAACUGAUGAUUUUUGGAGACAUAACGAUCAGAUGUCAUUGAGAAGUAACCAAAAGGGCCUAAACUACGCAUUGGAGGGAUAUAUUCAUCAUUUUAUUGUUGAGAAGGUCGAUGAAAAGCUUAAAUUACAAGCCAACAUUUACAGGUCACAGUGUACGCUUGUGAACCGCAUCUGGUUGCCGUCACCAUCAAAGACAACAAGUUAAAGUGCCACUGAAGUUAAGGUUUUUGGCUCAGAAUAUGAGAAAAGGAUAACGGCCUUUUUACCAUCUUUACCUCCGUUAGUUUGGUGCUACAGUAUUUACACUGAAUCAUUCAGCAUAACGUUUGCCAACCUUUGUUAUCUCUGCCAUUACAGAUAAGUUAAUGAAGCUAAGCUCCAGAAGUUAACGUUAGCUUAACUAGAGCCCUUUGGACAACAGCUAACAAUGAUGUACCAUCACCAAAGUACAAAACUAGAACAAAAUAGGCUAAUGAACUCCCAGCAAACAAGGUGACAUGAUGAACAACGCAGCUAGGAGCUAACGUUAGGCUAACUUUAGCUAACGUUAGCUAGAGAUGUUAAAGAUAACUUUAUAUUUCUUUGCAGCAAAGUGACAACAUGUUGCCUCAAACACAAUGUUGACUUACCUUAGAACAGAUGUAGACAUCACUGUUAAUCUUAUUCACGUUGAGUUGAUGUUGUGGUCUAACGUUACCACACAACUUUAUCCAAAGGAGACACUUUUCUCGCUUGAGAUGUGGUUUAAAGUGUAAAAAUACACCUGGUCGCCCAGCCUCUCAGGAUACCUUGUGUCAGAGUUGCAUGUACCCCAUGCACACCGUUUGACCGUUUUUAAACUUCAAAUCUCAGAAAAAGCUCAUAAAACCCAACAAACUGACUUUCUGUAAUGCAUUUCAAUGGACGUCCAGGCAGAGAAUGUCCCAGUGUAUGGGAAUGGCUAUACGCACUGUGAUUGGCUCAUCACGUUUGAGGGCGGGGCUUAGCCAUAGGUCAAUUGGCUGUUGUUAAACAAAUCGGUUGUGAAGUUAAGAUUUUUCAGCUUUUGCGAAUCAGCGUAUGAUGCAAAAUCGGCUACUUGCUUCUUUAGAAACACUUAAUUUGCAUAUAUUACGUCAUUUGCGUUGUGUCCAUCACGCUGCCUGGCAGGGAUUUGGGCGUCUUUACAUGUAAUUCACUCAUGCAAAUUGUUUUCUUCUUGCCCGUUGUGAACACAACAAAUAAAGUAAAUGAAGGAGUUAAAAGGAAUGAAUGUAAACAGAAGGGUUAUUGUUGGUUCAACACAAUAACUAAAAUCUGAAAUAUUUUGUUGGUGAAGUUUUUGUAAAAAGUCUCCUCUUAGAAAAUAAAGGAGAGAUUCAAUGAACCUAAACGUACACGGUGUGUUAACCGCUGAUUGUUAAUAUCACAGUAUACGUUGAAACCGAUAUAUCUCUGCAGCCCUGCCUGUGAGCUGAUGGUCAGUAAUUGGAUCGUCUGUUUCAGAGUUGUGAAACAGUUCAGCCCUCUGAGACAUCAGGAAGGUGUGAGAGGAGUUUAAAUGAUGCUUAGGACUCGUUCACACCUUUCUAAUGGUGGAAUCAGUUGGGCUAAAUGUUGUGUCAUGACAUGUUUGAGUGAAAAGUCUGAGCUGAGAGCAGUGGUUGGUCAGGUGUGUGAAGGUGUGACGGACGGAGGCUUAGUUUGAAGCGUUCUGAGGCCUUGACGGUGGCGAGCUGACGUUCAGUCAUGGAUGAUACAAGAUAAAGCUGCAGGUAUCAUUCAGGACUUUAGAUGCUGGUUCAGUUUUCGACAUUCAGUCGAGUAAGAAACUCAUAUUAAUGUUCUGAAAUGAUUAUGAAGGUCGUGACUGACAUGGAGUCUGAGAGCAGUUUCAUAAACACGAGAGUGAAAGUUUGCUCAAAGAUAAAAACUGGUUCAGUCUCACUGAUGGUUUGUCAAACGUCCUGAUCGUCUUGGAACAAUCACUGCAGGAUCCUAAAGGCGACCGGCCGCACACACUGCUGCGGCAGUACUACCAAAAAAUUUUAAAAAAAGAAGAAGAGUUACCGUGACAACUACUGAACCUGAUGUUUCACUGGAACGAGCCGAACUGGACUUU